AGUUCAUUGUCAAGAGAGAAAUUAUUACAAAGGAGAAGAGUUAAAAGUGUGAUGUGAGAUCUGCCAUAAUAACCCAUCUGGCAGUUUAUGCAUUAUAAUGCGCGCGAACCGAGGCAUUGAAUGGCGCACAAUGGAAGCCGCGGGCGCAACAUAUGCGCGCAUCUGCGCAUGGCAUUAUACAGUAGCAAAACACUCGCACCGCACAACAAAGCAGUACGACGGAUCACCCGUUCAGCACGACACUAUGAUAUCGAACAUUUACAAAGUUCAGACAGGCGUGAAUUAUUCGUGACCGCGACAAAAGCAGGCAUUCAGGCAGUGAACGUCCUCAGCAGUGAGCCAUUUACCGGUUCCGUGGCACUCUCUCAUGCUCAUAUAGUGUCUACACGGCAGUUUUAUGCGGCAACAAAACAGUUUAGGGGCAGACAUUUCGAGGGAUUCUGUUCCUAAAAUGGCAGCUAUUGUACCACAAGUGCAGGCUAGCCCCAAGUCAAAUGGCAAUCCAGUUGAUUCAAGUGAAAUUCCAGACACGGCCAAGUCCAAUAAAGUGGUAACCGUUUGCAAACAAGGAAGCCCAAUAAUCAGAGUCGAAAAAGGAACCACUCUGGGUGUAUUGAAGCUGCUGUAUGAAGCAGAAAAUGGCCCUCAGAAAAUUCUUGGUGUGAGACCGCAGAAAACAUCUGAAUCAAUGCCGUGUAUUAUAACCCUUGAUGAGUCAAAGUUGACAGAAUCUCUUUAUGACAUUCUUGUUUUUGAUAAAUGUGGCUCACCGCAGAUUCAAGACAGAGGAGAUAGAGAUCGUCAAAUGUUUGGCAGCCAAGAACGGUAUGAUAGAUACGCCACCGCGAAAUGCAUUGAUUGCUCAAGAGAGUCAUGGAAGUCAAAGAAAUUCACGACAACAGGAAUGAACACUGAGGUCAGUGUCAAUCCGAGCAUAGAAAUAGACUUGCGAGUAUUCUCUGGUAUUAAUGGAACGAACAGUAUCCAUUACGUGCACCCGCAAACGUCAAAUGCUGCAUCAUACAACGGUCGGCUCACUCGACUACGGUCAUCGGUUAUGAGACAACCGCAGCCCAUUGGCCCUCCUCCCGGCAUUGUCCAUAUGAAUGGUGGCCGUAAAGAGAUAGCUGUUACAGCACUCCCUGCCAUUCAAGUGAGUAGCAUCAAGUCAAUGGCAAGUGCAAAUGAUCUAGACAUACCCAGACCAAGAGAGGGCUCGCCUUCCCUGUCACCCAGCCCAAGCCGUGAAAUACCACCAGUAGCAUUCUCUACUUUCCAAGCAACACAGAUCAGCUAUCCUAGAGGGCAAGCGCCUUUCCACCCACAUGCAGACAUUCGCUAUGAUCAGCCACCGACCUUACGUAGUCCACAAGUCAGAAGUCCCCAUGAAGUGCAACGGAGUCCUCCACAUAUAAAUGGUGACGCUGCUCCACAUCAUAGCCACUUGCAGCCACCAACUGUAGCUAUGAAGGAGGAUAGUCCAGAUGGUAAUCCAACGGUGUAUGUGCUUCCCAAUGACUUUGAUCUUAAUGGCGGCUAUGAGCCUCACUUUUCUGCAUACGGUCCUCUUAGCCACGAUGACGUUAGACGACAUGAUGAGAUGCGUAGGCAUGAAGAGAUGCGACGCCAGGAGGAGGCCCGCAGGCAAGAUGAAAUGAGAAGGCAAAGGGAGGCAAGGUUGCAAGAGGAGAAGAGGCUGGAGGAGGCAGAUGCAUCCGCUGCUAAACGGAUGAAGCAAGAACCAAUGCCGAGUUUUGCACUGCCAACUCAGGUAAGCCUAAAUGACUCAGAAAACAUGAAGCCUGAAAUCAAAUUUUCACCUCAGAAUUCAAACAGCUGCUCUCCUUCGUCUCUUCAAGAAGAAAACGAGAGCCCAAACACUGAAACAGGCAAUACACAAAAGCUUUACUGCAAGAUCUGUCACAAAGUUUUCAGUACCAAGAGUCUGCUAUACAAGCACCUUCGAGGCCAUAGUUCAGAUGAGAAGCCUUAUAAAUGCCAAGAGUGUGGACAGGGGUUCACGUUGAGCAGCAAUCUGAGACAGCACAGAAUUAUUCACCGAGGCUACAAGCCCUUUCAGUGUGAGUAUUGUGGCAAGAAAUUCAUGAGGUCAAAUGUAUAUAAGCAGCAUAGAAGGAUACACACUGGAGAAGAAAUGUAUAAGUGUAGCCUUUGUCCAAGUGAGUUUCUUCAGAAGUAUGCCCUAGUGAAGCACAUGAAGAAGCAACACGACGUAGACACUGGUGAUAAUAUAUAAAUCACUGGUAUGCAUGUGAUAAGCACAUGAAAGUAGAUGGUAGAGCACGUGAAACGUGGCAAGUAGCACUCAAGAGGUAGUAUUGGUAGAUUCGUUAGGAAGUUUUGCUGUCACCAUGACAGUUUUUGGGGUUUCUGGGGGUAUGAAUUCGUCGUAGAUACAUGGUAAGGAUGCAUAAUUACGCUUUACCGCCUUCUGGAUUAGGGUUCCUAGCAAUGCGACUAACAUGUACGUCUGGCUGCUUCAGAGCAGCAGGCGUCACUUGCCGUUUUCAUACGAUUGUUUAAGGCUGUAUUGAAUGGUCUGUUUGGGACUGUUGUAGCACGUAGUUCGUGAGGAGUGUGUUAGCGGCUAGAUAUGAAUUUAAUAAAGCAGUUACGAGGCUGGAUCAAAGUGAGGUUUUGGAAGUUUUUACCAGUAGCUUGAUUGACAUUUAUCUCGGAAUGGAGCAGUGGCCGAAACUGAAAAAUGUCCGUUACCCAAAUGACGCAAACUAUCUUCUACCCUUGAAAGCUGCAUGCAAAACGAGAUGUCGAAAACAUGGAAUAACAGGGAGAUAUAUUUGUCUUGCACCAUCUGACAGCCACUAAGAAUAUCAAUAUAGAGGAAUUGGGAUGAUACUGGAAGCUGGCUCUGCAGAAUAGCCAAGGUAGGCAAAUAAGUAAAUUGUAAAAAGAUACUUGUGCUAAAUGGCAAAGUUGUGCUAAGUGAAGGGUAGUUUACUUUGUAUGACUAAAAGCUUCGUCUCAGUGAGGAACGCCAGUUAGCCGCCUUGUAAAGGAAAUCUUUCAUUUUUCAUACGAACGUAUUUGUUCAUUCAUAUACUCUAAAUCAUAGACAGCUUAGGAAAGAAAAUGCUUCUGCGGAGGAGUCUCUUUGCAUUAAUUUACUACGUGGCUGAGAAAGUUUGACUUUUUCUUAAGCUUUGUAGAGUUUGAAAUUUUUUAAACACAUUUCUUUAAUUUAAAAGCUGAAACCCCUUUUUACAUUGUUUCACUUGACAAUCAGUCGUUAAAAUGUGAUUUUACACCAAUUGCCAAUAAAAAAGAAAUCUGGAAUUGUUACAAUGUUAUAGUAUAACAAAAGUUAAGAGUCUUUCCUUAGAUUUUCACAAUAUUGAAAAUGCAAGUAUAACUUGAAUCCCAUUGUUGUGAAAAAAGCUUGCUCCGGAGCAAGCAAUGCUAUAUUAGAUUAUGAUUAAAUGCAAACCGGGAGCAUUUUUCUCUAUAAAUGUACAUUAGAUCGAAGGUUGUAAUUGUAAAAUAGUUGGUAGAGGUAUUAAUUUAUAUUUCUCUUGAUUGUUGUAGUAAUUGUGACCAAGUCAUGUAAGUAAAGUUUUAAUUCAACAAAGUUGUAAUAGCAUUUUGUAGGCCAAAAAGGUAUCAGUAACAUGCUUUGAACAAUCCAACGAGCAUUUUUAAACUUCAAAAUCUAUAUAGGGUCUUGCGGUUGGUAUCUUGUCCUGGUUCCCAUAAACUUUUUGAGUUGUUUUAUUACCUUUUCCCUUAAACGGAAAUUUCAAAAGUCACUUUUAAAAGAUCUGUAUGCAUGGUCAUGCAUUAGUCCUAGACACAACGGUUAGCAGUUUGUCACGCCGGGUAUUUGGUCAAAUGUUAUAACACCUUGCGACAGUUGUGGGGAAUUCCACCUACAUUCUUACUCAAGAAAUGUUUUUAUGGAUUACCUGGCGCUCUCUGUACAACGCAAACGAGAAUAGUGGCGGUGGUUGUUAUGAAGGUAACCCCCUGAUUUUUUAGUAUUUACUUCCCCGCCAAACUGCACGCUCUGGCAGGUUACCUGCAACUGUUAAAUGAAUCCUUUUGUUACCAUGAUAUCCUUGUGUCUAUUUACUCAAACCGCAAACAAAAAGGCAAUUUAUUUCUUUAAGGCUAAUGCAUAUCUUUGAGACAAUGUCUGGUUUCUUUUUACUUCCAGUACAGAUGUCUGGCUCGAAAUUUCGCUCAAUUUGAUCCAUAGGUAAAUGUUUUGUCUCCUCUUAGGCCCAAUAUUGUUUUUCAUGGUACUUUAUGCAAAAGACUGAUGCAUUAGGAUAGGCCUGUAUUACUGCGUGGAUUCUACUUGCUGACCCGCUCAACGAAUAAGUUAUAUUGCUCCAAAUAUCAACUAAAAAUCCAGUUCAAUUUGCUUUGCAGUUAAGUUUACCAUAGAGAGAAUUGCCUCCUAGCUGUUCAAAAUUAGCAACUGUACAGUAAUAAUUCAGGAAUGGGCUGGAAAAUUUGAAUUUAAAGCACAAUAUCUACAAGAAAUGUUUAAUGCCUUAAGUUGGAAUUUAGCACAAUAAGUUUGUUUGAAAAGUCCUGUUGACAAUUAAUACCAAUUUACAGCCUAUAUUGUUGUCAGCACUUAUGCUUACUGCAGUAUUUGGAAUUGUCAUUGGCCAGGUGGAACACUUGCUAAAAUAGUAAGAUUUCUAUAGAGACAACUAGAAGAACCUCUUUCGGGAGACAAGGUACUUUUGCAAAGUUUUAUUAUCUCACGCCUCUAAAACUAGAAGGAAAACCAACAUAAAGCUUCUGUACAUUUCUGGAACGCUCUCUGGCAACUUCUAAAAGAUUGUGAGCACAAAUAAAAGAUGUUACUGCGAAGGCGGCUUUAGCUUUACCUAAAUGAUGUAGUGGCGACAUAAAGCAGAUUUUGAACUUGGUAUGUGAAGGAAACUUUGUUGAUGUGCAGAAGAACCUGAUAGCGCUCACUUGCCGAGCCAUAGUUUGAAAUAGUAUCUUGUUAAUGGUGACCCUGAUUUCCCUGAGUAAAUGAGAUAGCGAAAGAUGAUAUUCUACCAGUCACCAAAGGCGUGGUAUGCAUUUCUAGUGACUGGAUUUCACUUAGGUAUCUUGAUACUUUAAUAGUAGCAAGCUUUCUCUCUAAUUAGAUGCACUCUUUAGCUUGGAUCGUAUCUUCUUUUUCCCAAUAGAAAACUGAGCAAUUAUCUCAACAUGCUAGCGUUAAGGAACUAGGAGGGUUGUUGGUUUCUCAGUUACAAUCAUUGGCUACCUUACUUGACUGAAUUGUAAAAGUGUAGAUUACUGAAAUUACGUAUUGUCUUGGCGUAACCACUAACCACGUUGAUAAGACGUUCCAACCUUACUCACUUAGCAAAUCUCAUUCUAAACCUCACAUGCCUUGCCCUUUGAAAUACAGUAACAAGAAAUUACCAUGCCAAACAGACAAAAGCUGCAAAAGAUCAGACGGCCGGGUACAAUAAACUAGACGCUGUCUAGACUUGUGGUUUGAGGAGUAAGCCACACUGGCCUAUUUCGAAAAGGUAAUACAGUUAUCUAUAGCACAGCGGGAUAUGAACAAUGCCACGGUAGAUAUCUAGCGUUGUUCAUUUGACGGUGUUUGAGGUAGCAAAUAGCUUCUUAGCUUUAUUGCGUAGCUCAAAAUAGCAUUGCAGAGUUAAAAGAAGUUUAUCCUUUCUAGCUAACUGUUUUCAAUAGUGCCACCAUCCACACAGUAUACGUUUGACACAUCAUCAGGAAAGAACUCACCGCCGUUAGCUCUUCCACGCGUCAUGCGCGCGGCGAAAACCUUUAUUUGCUCAGCAACAGAGUUAUAAAACACCCUUAAUUGUUGCACUAUGUAUAAUCUUGUAUAGGAAACCGAGUGACAAACUGCGUAACCUAUCUACUUGUCUCUUUGCGGAUACGUGUUUGCUUUAAGAAUCGAUUUCUCGAGGCAGAAAUCGAAAGGGAUGCUCUCAAAGCUUUGUUGCUGCUGCUUUUCUUCCUUUUUUAUGGAAAGAAAUUUUGUUUUAGCUUUUCAUUUUUUCUUCUUUGUUUUAAAAAAUGUUUUGUUCCAUGGAGUUACGGCUAGCUUCACCUUCAUUCGCUAUUGAAUGACGCGAGGUCUUUGUUGGAAUGUUCCUGUCCAGUUAAGAUUCCGUGUGAAAUCUAUUGCGGUAGUCAUUAACCUGUCUAACUGUUCCUCCACGUUCAAUAGACAUCCCAACACUAGGAGUUCAAUUGCAAAACAUAACUUGUUCCUUGCGAUAAGAAUUUAGCUGGUUGCUUUAAUUAACCUACUUUAAGGCUAGCCGUAACUCACCAUGUUUUGGAAGGAGUCCGUAGUUUCAUGGAAAUCCUGAAAUACCACCACGAAGGAGCAUGCUUAUUCGACACGACUGCCCUUUCGGAUUUAGGAAAGUGAUAGUAUUUAUCAUGGCUAAUGCAAAUGGUAUAGUUCUUUUUUGGCAUUUCAAAACUUGCCAUUUAUACGGCUUGGACUAAUCAGAAUUUCCCUUGAUAUUGCAGAGGCGAAAACUUAAUGGCAUCUUUAGCACAAGCCUACUGGAGCACUUCACAGUUCUGCUCAAAAAUUUUACGCAUGUUAGUUCUAGAUUUUAGGAUGGCCACUUCCCAUCAUGCCACGCGGGCGUAACAGUCCUCCUUGAAUACUUUUCCUUGGCAAGAUUCAAAUACCAAAGGGAUUUUCUCUAAAUCCACCAAACGAGACAAUGCUCCAGACAUAAUCUUGACUGAGAUAACACAUACGCCUAAUUUCGAGGCCAGCGAAUGGGUGCAGUGGCUUUCGUAAAUAGUAAUCCUUGCUUCAUGUCACUAUAUUAACUUCAGUGGCGAAACGAGCGACUUAUUAGAUUAAUGUAAAGUUUUUGACUUGAGCCUUUUACGAUUCAGCCCAUGCUUGGCAAUUGUAAGUGCUCAGUAGUCUUGAGGUUUUUCUUCUUAGAAAUCUUAUCCCCAGAUGAAAUAUAUUCUUGGUCACUUUUUCGAUUUUGAUAUGCAUGGUUGGUUUAAUCAAUUGCAGUCAAAGCGAAUACCGCAGCUAAGUCGAUCGCAUUUACUCGCAUUUGUGCCUAAACAGCUCUCGUUGUUUUGGUAGUUUUGUUACCUCGUCAAUCUAGUUUCUAUAUAAUUCUAUAUAUGCCCAAGAAAUGGGAGGUCAAAGGUCCUUCCCAUAGCCUUCAAAUCUAAGUUACUUAUAGGGAAAUUAAUUAUAGAAUAUAAAUUAUGGACUCCUUCCACCUUAUUAUGUUCGGAACCAAUAUCAGAUGCCCUGAAAUUCUGUGUAUCAAGUUUUUAUUUCCACGAUUUUUAAUGAUUAAAUCGAUUUUAGAAAUUGAUGAAAAUUUCGGCCGUUUUCAAGUUGGCAAAACUUUAACUGCUUACUCUUUAACUUAUUAAAGAACUUCAAGGUAUCAAAAAUUAUGGAUUAGCAAUUAGCUGUAAAGUAUAGUAUUUAUUAUUUGAGAGUUAGUUAAUAUUGCUUUGUUUGUUUAGCAAAUGAUCGGAUUUAAUAUAGUUUCUUUGCAGCAAAUCGUUUGAAAAGAAAAACUAACUAUUUAUAAAGACUUUGUUACUUUUCGUUCUUUUGGAUAGGUGCUCAUAGUUAGUUAUUAACAUUUUCUGUUGGGUAUUUUAAAGUCUCUUCUAAUUUAGGUCUCCCGUUUGUACUUCAUUUUUAGUAGAUGAUAAUACACCUUCUUUAUACAAUCAA